AUGCCAACUGUUUCUGUCGAUAAACAACAAUUAUUUGACCUAAUCGGCAAGAACUAUGAAACUCAAGAAUUCGAUGAGUUAUGUUUUGAUUUCGGUGUAGAACUGGAUGAGGAUACUACUGAAGAAGCAUUGAAAAACAAUGAAGACCCUGAGUUGAAAAUUGAAAUUGGUGCUAACAGAUAUGACUUACUAUGUAUUGAAGGUAUUGCUCAGUCUUUGAAUGAGUAUUUAGGCAGAAGCGAAGCUCCUCAAUACAAAGUCUCGAAGCCAACCACAAAAUUGUACAUCGAGCCAUCUACAGAACAAAUUAGGCCAUAUGCUGCCGCAGCUAUUUUGAGAAAUAUCACCUUCAACCAAAAGUCGUACGAUUCCUUCAUUGCCCUACAAGAUAAAUUGCAUUCCAAUAUUUGUAGAAAUAGAAGUUUAGUCGCAGUGGGUACUCACGAUUUCGACACUAUUCAGGGUCCCUUUCAUUAUAGAGCCCUUCCACCAAAUGACUUCAAAUUUGUUCCUUUGAAUCAAACAAAAGAGAUGACAGGCGCGCAGAUAGUUGAAUUAUACAAACAACCUGAGCAAAAGAAUAAUCUAGGGCGUUUUGUUCAUAUUAUCGAGGAUUCUCCAGUGUAUCCGGUUAUUUUUGACUCCAACGACACAGUUUGCUCCUUGCCUCCUUUGAUCAACUCUGAGCAUUCCAAAAUAUCCUUGGACACCAAAAAUGUUUUCAUUGAGGUCACUGCGAUCGAUAAGACAAAAGUGGAAAUCGUUUUGAACCAGUUGGUUGCCAUGUUUUCGCGUUACUGUGCUGAACCAUUUAGCAUUGAGCCUGUAGAGAUAGUCUCAGAGCAUAACGGUCAAUCGCGUGUCACACCAGAUGUGUCUCCACGUCACAUGGAUGUAUCUGCCAAGUAUAUCAACUCAUGUUUGGGUUUAGAAUUAUCACGUGAGGAAAUCUGUGGUUAUAUAAAAAGGCUUUCUUUGCAAGGAUCUCCUUCUCCAGAGGAUAAAGAUAUCAUUAAGGUCGAAAUACCCAUCACAAGACCAGAUAUUCUCCAUCCUUGUGACAUUGUGGAGGAUGCUGCAGUUGGGUAUGGUUAUAACAAUCUGCCAAAGCGUGAAAAAUUGUCCGAUGCAAACUUUGUUGCCUCUCCACUACCAAUAAACAGAGUAUCUGACAUUUUUAGAAUUGCGUCCUCCCAAGCGUCUUGGUUGGAAGUGUUGCCUUUAACACUAUGUUCACAUGACGAGAACUUCAAAUUUUUGAGACUAGAGGAUGAUAACACUCAAGUUGUAAAACUUGCUAAUCCUAAGACUUUGGAAUAUCAAGUUGUUAGAACCACUUUACUUCCUGGUAUUUUGAAAACAGUCAAAGAGAACAGAAAGCAUUCCUUACCCAUCAAAGUUUUCGAAACCGGUGACGUCGUUUUUAAAGAUGCGAAGCUUGAAAGAAAGGCUUUCAAUGAACGUCAUUGGGCUGCAAUCUACGUUGGAAAGAAUUCUGGAUUCGAAAUCAUUCAAGGUCUGUUGGGUAAGAUUAUGCAGACUUUCAGAACGCAAUGGCUUCCUGAGUAUGGUAAGAACUCCAGCUCCAGAGGUUACUGGAUCGAAGAGGAUGAAUCCUUAGCUACCUAUUUCCCUGGUAGAGGGGCAAAGGUUAUGUUCAGGGCAAAAGAAGGCGAGGAAGCCAAGAAGAUUGGUCAUUUGGGCGUCUUGCAUCCUGAAGUAAUGAACAACUUCGACAUUCCUUUUGCUGCUUCUUACGUUGAGUUAAAUGCAGAGGUGUUUUUGUAA